CCCUUCGGCCCACGCGGGUCUCCCGGCAACCGGCGCGGGUGGGGGCGGGGCUGGCAUCGUCCCCGGGUGCCGAGCCGUGCGAACUGCCGCGGCGCGGCGGGGGCCGUUCCUGCUCUCUCCGCGCGGCCCGCCACGUCCCUUCCCGCCCCGCGCGACCCGCGUCCGCCGGCUCCUCGCUCCUCUGCAGCGCACCGACCUGCGACCAGACCUGGAAUGCGCACCCCGCCGGCCCCCGGGGGCCAGGGCAGCGAGGUGCCAGGCCCCACCUUUGCUGAUGGCGAGGUCCUCCCCAGGGAGCCCGGCUUCUUUCCUGAGGAGGAGGAGGAGGCUAUGACACUGGCCCCGCCCGAGGGCCCCCCCGAGUCAGACAUGGACAGCCCCAUGGAGAGCACCCAGAGCCUGGAGGGGUCCGUCGGGAGCCCUGCCGAGGAGAAGGACGGGGGUCUCGGGGGCCUGCUCCUGCCCGAGGACAAGUCCCUGGGCCACACCCCAUCCAUGACGACUUCAGACCUCUCCACACACUCCACCACCUCGCUCAUCAGCAACGAGGAGCAGUUUGAAGACUACGGGGAGGGAGACGACGUGGACUGUGCUCCCAGCAGCCCCUGCCCCGACGACGAGACCAGGACCAACGUCUACUCGGACCUGGGGUCUUCAGUGUCUUCCAGUGCGGGGCAGACGCCCAGGAAAAUGCGGCACAUGUACAACAGCGAGUUGCUGGAUGUCUACUGCUCUCAGUGCUGCAAGAAAAUCAACCUGCUGAAUGACUUGGAAGCCCGGCUGAAAAACCUGAAGGCCAACAGCCCCAACCGGAAGAUCUCCAGCACGGCGUUUGGACGGCAGCUCAUGCACAGCAGCAACUUCAGCAGCAGCAACGGCAGCACCGAGGACCUGUUCCGGGACAGCAUUGACUCCUGUGACAAUGACAUCACGGAGAAGGUGAGCUUCCUGGAGAAAAAGGUGACAGAACUGGAGAAUGACAGCCUGACCAACGGGGACCUGAAGAGCAAGCUGAAGCAGGAGAACACCCAGCUGGUGCACAGGGUGCACGAGCUGGAGGAGAUGGUGAAGGAUCAGGAGACCACGGCCGAGCAGGCCCUGGAGGAGGAGGCGCGGCGACACCGCGAGGCCUACGGCAAGCUGGAGAGGGAGCGGAGCACGGAGAUCGAGCUGCUCCACACCAGGGUGCAGCAGUUAGAGGAGGAAAACACAGAGCUCAGGACGACAGUGACGCGGCUCAAGUCGCAAACGGAGAAGCUGGACGAGGAGCGGCAGCGCAUGUCCGACCGGCUGGAGGACACCAGCCUGCGGCUCAAGGAUGAGACGGACCUGUACAAGCGCGUGAUGGACAAGCUGCGGCAGAACCGCCUCGAGUUCCAGAAGGAGCGGGAGGCCACGCAGGAGCUCAUCGAGGACUUGCGGAAGGAGCUGGAGCACCUGCAGAUGUACAAGCUGGACUGCGAGCGGCCAGGCAGGGGCCGCAGCGCAUCCUCCGGCCUGGGCGAGUUCAACGCCAGGGCCCGCGAGGUGGAGCUGGAGCAUGAGAUCAAGCGACUCAAGCAGGAGAACCAUAAGCUGAGGGAUCAGAACGACGACUUGAAUGGGCAGAUCCUGAGCCUCAGCCUCUACGAAGCGAAGAGCCUCUUUGCCACCCAGACCAAAGCACAGUCCUUGGCUUCGGAAAUCGACACGGCCUCGCGCGAUGAGCUCAUGGAAGCCCUCAAGGAGCAGGAGGAGAUCAACUUCCGGCUGCGGCAGUACAUGGACAAGAUCAUCCUCGCCAUCCUGGACCAUAACCCCUCCAUCCUCGAGAUCAAACACUAAGAGGGGGGCUGGCUGCAGAGCGGCCUCGGGACCCCGGGACCCCGGGACC